AUGGUUAGCAUCAAUUACAGCUCAACGACUCAUACGGAUGCCGUUGUACCAAUCAAGUUAAUUAUGCGCUCUUAUCGUGGGAACAAACCUGUGCAGGAUACGCAGCCGAGCACAGAAGGCGGAAUUACGGAAAAGACUGAUCUCGGGAUACAGCAAAACCUCACUGCGUUCGGCGUCAUCACCCUAUGUGGGUAUGUAAGGAGUUCCUCUGGACCUCACAAUGAGCCCAAAGGAGAAUUAGUACUUAUUACUGGAGCGACACAUCUCGACCGGGCAGUGGCCGUGGAUCCCUCAUGUUUUGAGCUGCUACACAUGCGAGGAAGGUUUUCCUACCAGGUGGCAAAUUUGAGCUUCUUUGAGCGGUUGGCAGCGCGAACGAUGGGAACCUUGCCGCAAGUCUCCAUGGACGCUGCUCUGAAGGACCUAUUAGAGGCCGAGCAGCUCCGACCAGGCAUUACAGAGAACAGAUUGUACCUUGGACGGGUAUUGUACGCAAAAGGUGAUUACGCUGAGGCAAAAAAGUGGCUUGUUGAG